CGCGAGAUUUGAACUUCCUCUCCGCGGAGUCAGUAACCGCGCGGAAGUCAAGUUGCGCCGCCGUGUCGCUCUCGGGCCCUGCAGCUAGUGGACCGCAGUACAGGCAGAGGCGAUGGUGGAAGGACCAGGUUGUACUCUGAAUGGAGAGAAAAUUCGGGCACGGGUGCUCCCGGGCCAGGCAGUGACCGGCGUGCGGGGCAGCGCCCUGCCACACGCAGCCCGCGGGGCUGCUGCCUCUUCCCAGGUGAGCUCCUCCUGUGCCCGGCCGGGGGCUGCUGAGCUGAAUAAUAAAGAUUGCAGCUGGAAUUUCUCAGGACUGCUUAAUGGAUAUGUUUACAGUGGCGUGGAAACUUUGGGGAAGGAGCUCUUUAUGUACUUUGGGCCAAAAGCUUUACGGAUUCAUUUUGGAAUGAAAGGCUCCAUCGUGAUUAAUCCACCUCAUUAUAAAAGUAAAAAUGGAGUUUCUCCUGUUUUGGAAGUGCAGCUUACCAAGGAUUUGAUUUGUUUCUUUGACUCAUCAAUAGAAUUCAGAAGCUCAAAGGAAAGUCAACAGAAAAUAAGAAUGAUGGAAGAAUUAGAUGUAUGUUCACCUAAAUUUAGUUUCCCAAGAGCAGAAAGUGAAGUUAAAAAGCAGAAAGACCGGAUGCUAUGUGAUGUGUUAAUGGAUCAGAGAGUGUUGCCCGGGGUAGGGAACAUCAUCAAAAAUGAAGCCCUCUUUGACAGCGGUCUUCACCCGGCUGUUAAAGUUUGUCAGUUAACAGAUGAACAGACCCAUCACCUUGUGAAAAUGAUACGUGAUUUCAGCAUUCUCUUUUACAGGUGCCGUAAAGUAGGAUCUGCUGUCUCUAAACGCUAUAAGGUUUACAAGCGUCCUAAUUGUGGACAGUGCCACUGCAAAAUAACUGUGUGUCGCUUUGGGGAGAAUAAUAGAAUGACAUAUUUCUGUCCUUACUGUCAAAAAGAAAAUCCUCAACAUGUUGACAUAUGCAAGCUACCAACUAGAAAUACUAUAGUCAGCUGGACAUCUAGAGGGGUGAAUCCUCAUACAGACUGUGUGGCUCAGAAGUCUGAAGAGCAGUGGACUUGUGUGGUCUGCACAUUAAUCAAUAAGCCCUCUUCUAAGGCGUGUGAUGCUUGUUUGGCCUCAAGGCCCGUUGAUGCAGUGCUCAAGAAUGAAGAGAAUUCUAUUGCUUUUAACAACUUAGUGAAGUACCCUUGUAAUAGCUUUGGAAAACCACAUACAGAAGUGAAGUUCAACAGGAAAACUGCAUUUGGAACUACAACGCUUGUCUUGACUGAUUUUAGCAAUAAAUUCAGUAUUUUGGAAGGAAAAAAAAAACCAAACCAGAUACUAGAUGAGGCAUUUCAAAACUCUCCUUCUACUAACGUUUGUUUUAGCGAUGCACUUCACCCCUCCAAGGAGAAAACAAACUAUAUAACUCAACUACCUAGCAAAGUAAACAUAUCACCUACAAUCUGCUCUGAGUCUAAAUUAUUUAGUCCAGCACAUAAAAAAUUGAAGACAACCCACUUCUCAUCACCAGAUUUCAAAAGUUGCAACCCUGGAUUUUCUAACAGUGCACUUCAAAUUAAUACGACAGAUGGUUCUUGUACCUUAAAUACUGGCAGUCCUCGCUGCAGUAAACACAACCGCCUCUGCGUUCUCCGAGUUGUUUGGAAGGAUGGUGAGAACAAGGGAAGGCGGUUUCAUGCUUGUUCUCUACCUAGAGAAGCACGAUGUGGAUUUUUUCAAUGGGCAGAUUUGUCCUUCCCCUUCUGCAACCAUGGCAAACGCUCCAUCAUGAGAACAGUGUUGAAGAUUGGACCUAAUAAUGGAAAGAAUUUUUUUGUGUGUCCUCUUGGAAAGGAAAAACAGUGCAAUUUUUUCCAGUGGGCAGAAAAUGGGCCAGGAUUAAAAACUAUCCCAGGAUGUUAA